UAAUUUGUGGUUUGACCAUAUCUCUCAUGGCUGCAGGUAUACCAAGUUGAUUUUGUAGUGGUUUGCGUGGGAAGAUUCAGCCAAGUUCCAAACAUCCCUGAAUUUCCUCUAAACAAAGGUCCCGAAGUUUUUGAGGGUAAGGUUAUCCAUUCAAUGGAUUAUUCCAAAAUGGACUCAACAACUGCAACCAACUUGGUUAAAGGAAAACAUGUAGCCGUCAUCGGAUCCAUGAAAUCUGGAAUGGACAUUGCCAUGGAGUGCUCCACAGUUAAUGGGAUUGAAUAUCCAUGCACAGUAAUAACCAGGACACCACAUUGGAACAUUCCCGAUUAUUUUCCAUGGGGAUUUCCUUUGGAAUAUCUCUACCUAAAUAGAUUCUCCGAACUUAUGGUGCAUAAACCUGGCGAAGGCAUUCUUCUAAGUCUCCUCGCCACAACUCUGUCACCUUUGAGGUGGGCCUUCUCAAAAUUUGUAGAAAGCCAUAUAAAACACAAACUGGGGCUUGCAAAACAUGGAAUGGUGCCAGAUCAUAGUUUCUUAAGCGAAUUGAGUUCAUGUUUAGUUUCUAUAGUGCCUGAGGGCUUUUAUGACAGAGUUGAGGAAGGAAGUAUCAAGCUCAAGAAAGCAAAGAGCUUUGGAUUCUCUAAAGAAGGCAUCGUGCUCGAGGGUCAGGCUGAACCAAUAAAAUCCGACUUAGUCAUACUCGCUACUGGCUUCAAUGGAAUUGAUAAGCUCAAACACAUUUUUGAAUCACCAAAAUUCCAGGGCUUCAUUGUAGGGAAAGAUGAUGAUGCAGUUCCUCUCUAUAGGGAAUGCAUUCAUCCCCAAAUUCCACAACUGGCAAUAAUUGGAUUCUCAGAAAGUGAUGCAAAUCUAUACACCUCGGAAAUAAGAUGCCGAUGGCUGGCAGAACUUUUUGAUGGAAAAUUUAAGCUACCUAAUAUCAAGGUAAUGGAGAAAGACAUAGCAGAAUGGGAUAAAUACAAGAAGAGAUAUUCAUAUUCGAAGAACUACAGGAGAUCAUGCAUCGCUACGUUGCAUAUUUGGUACAAUGACCAACUGUGCAGGGAUAUGGGCUGGAAUCCUAAGAGGAAAAAGGGUCUUUUGGCUGAGUGGUUCGAUCCUUAUGGACCAAUGGAUUAUGCCGGCUAACAUAUAGUAUAAGAGUAUCCUCUCCUAGUUUCAGAGAGGUCUCCUUUAUCUGUUUCUCGCUUGUUUUCAAAAUCCUGCUGUACUUUUCUUAUUUUCUUUCGUGUUGAUGGCCGGGUGCUUUACAACUUAUUGUAUCAUAUUGUUACUUUAAAUUCAAUGUUUGUUUUGAUUGUUACUUAAUUUUUGUCGUUACAUAACAACGAAAAGCAUCACUUUAUGGAACGACCGAUUUGGUA